GCGAGCAGAGAGCAGGCACAGAGCGAGAAGCUCAUAAUGAAGGCAGGCUGCCUUUUUGUGGUGACUGGAAGAAUGCUGAUUUCCUUUGGGAUUCUAAGCAUCGUCUCUGGAAUUAUCGCCUUCUUCCCUGUUUUUUCCUAUAAACCGUGGUUUGCCGGAUGGAGCGUUCGCAUUGCUUCUCCCAUCUGGAGUGGAGCUUUGGUAGGCAGAACUGAAUUAUAUCUAAAUUUAUAUAGCUGUACGACUGGGAAGGGACGCGGGUGAUGCUGUGAGUUAAACCACGGAGCCUAGGACUUGCCGAUCAGAAGGUCGGCGGUUCAAAUCCCCACGACGGGGUGAGCUCCCGUUGCUCAGUCCCUGCUCCUGCCAACCUAGCAGUUCGAAAGCACAUCAAAGUGCAAGUAGAAGGUAAACGGCGUUUCCGUGCGCUGCUCUGGUUCGCCAGAAGCGGCUUAGUCAUGCUGGCCACAUGACCUGGAAGCUGUACGCCAGCUCCCUUGGCCAGUAAAGUGAGAUGAGUGCCGCAACCCCAGAGUCGGUCACGACUGGACCUAAUGGUCAGGGGUCCCUUUACCUUUACCUGUGACUGGGAAACGAUAGUAAUGUUGCUGCUGAUCUGCUGACAUAUAAUCUGGAACCUUGUAAGGUUCUGGAAUUUCAAGAAUGGGUGAAAGAAAUCCUUGCUAAAUGUAAUCUACAUGGCUAGUAGCCAUUGAUAGGCCCCUAUCACAAGAUGAGGCACAUACACACAAUUUGAAUGGCUAUGUCCAUGAACCUUGGGGGGGCUGGCCCCCUCAAAUAUUUUAUUGGGGGCGAAGGGAGCUCGGUCCCCCAUGAGUUGGCUCCUAUGUGAGAGAGGGUGAAUGCACAUACAGACACCUCCCCUGAAUUUUCCAUAUCGAUUUGAAAUAUCCCACCCAAUCGCCAGCUUCUGGUCUAGACUUCUAUGUUACACUGCUAAGAGCUUUGACGCAAUGUUGGAUCCCUCCUCUCCCUUUGUGUUUAGAGAUGAAAACAAAAUGUUAGGGCUGGCUCGAGGGGAGAAAAAGCAACAACAUUAUCUGUAAACAAGUGCAGUUUUGCGAAGUUUGGGAGAGGAAACAAGAUCGCUGGGCAACACAUUUGCAGCAAAGUUGAAAUUGAUCAUCUAAUAGCUGAAACUCCCCGGCUGGAGUUGGCCUAGUUCUGAGGAUGAACUAAUCCCUCCUGGCUUUCUUUCUCUCUGUUCCCUCCACCACAUGUGUAAAUUGAGGGAGUCUCGCUUGGAAAAGCAGAUGGGAAAAGAGGUUUGGCCACUCUUGCCUCCUACAUUGGCUCGUCCCAGUGUUCUUACGUUGCUGUGUUAUUUGUUCUGGCUAAAACCCCUCUUGGACCCUGUGCAACCUUUCUUCCUCUCUUUCUGCCUGAUGAAUUUUGCCAACCUUUCCCGUGACUCCAGAUUAGCCUUCCCCAACCUGGUGCCCUCCAGAUGUUUUGGUCUACAGCAUCCAUCAGCCCCAGCCAGCACAGUUUCUCCAGAUGUUUCUGCUUUCGUUCCUGGGAACUCUCUACAGUAGUACAUGGUGCCAAGACCUCAAUUUCAGGCUCCUUUUGCCUAAGAACUCUGUUCAAACUUCUGUUCUCAGAGGGUAGGGCUGGGGAAGUUGUGCUCCACCCUGGGUGUUAUGGAGUUCCACAGGGGUCUGCAUUGCCCUUACAUACUUUAUUUAUUAAAUUUAUAUCCUGCCCUUCAUCCCAAGAGAGUUCAGGGGGAGAGGGCAAGCAACAAGCAAUACUACAGUAAAAUUGUUUUUAAAGCAUAUUUAAUACGAUUCCACUGCAGAUGCAGUGGAAAAGGCUUCUUGAAAGAGGAAACUGUUUGAAACUGUUGGGGAAUUUCAUCCAAAGGCUUGGGCUGCAGCAGCGGGGGGAAGACUCAGUCAAUUUUCGUUCUUUCGGUUUCUCAUUUUUCCAGUCUUAAACUCUGUUCUCUGCAUUUCUGCAGCAAUUCGUGGUUUGUUUGCUUUACGAAAAAAUGCUCGCAAAGAUUCUUCAACCAUUUUGGUGCAAAUUUCUCUUCCUAAACAUAUUUUUGUACACAAUUUAAGCAAACAUAAGUAUUUUUGCAAGCUAUUUCUCCUAAAGUAAUGCAUUUUUCAUAUGCUGUUUCCACUAGCAUGUUCACUUUAAAUAUAUAUAUAUAUAUAUAUAUAUAUCUAUAUCUAUAUAUAUAUAUAUAUAUAUAUAUAUAUAUAUAUAGAUCUUCUGUCAUACAAUUCAAGAGAGAAAGAGAAAUAAUCCAUAACAGAAAAGAAACAUUAAAUCACUAUACAAUAUCCCGAAAGAAAAAACCAUAAACAAAAUAAAACAAACUCACCACCCUGUUUAGCUUCCCUCCACCGCUACUGGGCUUCUCUAGAACCAAUUUUACCUUUAUCAUUGCAUUCUGAUUGUUUUUAUUCUCUCUAUAUACCUAUACCAGUAUAUCUCUUUGAUAGAUUAUUGUUUUGAUGCAUUUACAUUCUUAGUCCAAGCAUAUGAGCAUGUCUUUUUUAGAGCAGUAUUUUGUCAUAUAGUCAUCAAAGCACUGCCAUUCAUUUUUCAGUUUUUGAUUUGACUCCUGUCGUAUAGAUGCUGUUAAUUUAGCCAAUUUUAAAUAUUCAUUUAAUUUGAGAAGCCAUUCCUCCUUGGUAGGUAGUUCUUUAGCUUUCCAUUUAGAUGCUAUUACUAUCCUAGCUGUGGUGGUCGCAUAUAAGAAAAUUCUUUUUUUCGAUUUUGGUAUUUCUUUUCCUAAUAGGCCCAGUAAGUAAGCCUCUGGUUUUCUCGUUAAUGGGAUUUUAAGCAUUUUUUUCAACUCGUCAUGUAUUUCUCCCCAAGCAUGUUCACUUUCUAUGCACAUUGUCCACUAAUAUAUGCAUUUUUAUAAACAUUAUUUGGCUGGAGAGCUCCAUCACAAAAUCUGGGAAUGCAAGAAACUUUUGCCCAACAUGGGGCUCAAACCCACAACCUUGAGAUGAAGAGCCUAAUGCUUUGCCAACUGAGCUAUCCUCUAUGCCAGCUUUUUAUGCAUAGGAUUACUCCCUUAAACAGGAUCUAUCUGUCCUAUAGUAGUAACCUAAAGAAGGGCUUUCUUAAAAAUAGAAUUUGCCAUCGGCUUCUGGCUUUGCAUGCUUCACAUAGUGGGUUUGUUUCCUUGCAUUGCGAUUUCUUUCUUCUAAAGGAGUCUGUUUUGCAAAGUCCUUUGGAGAGAACAAAGGCCUAUUAAACAUUACUAACUUUAUUAUGUGUAACCAUAUGUUUCCCCCUCUGUCUACAGGCUGUUAUUGCAGGUGUACUUCUUGCUGUGGCUGAAAAACAAUGGACCCAGAGAUACCUGGUAAAUUUAUGUGGUUAUUCUAUACAGUGCCACAUUCUAGGCAGAAGGCAGGCAGAGUUAAUCCAGGCAUAGGCUCUCAAGAGGAAGAAAAGGCACACAGCUGUAGCCUUAAGCUACAGAUCAGAUAAAGAAUACAAGGUUUAAAGCAGGCACACUUUAAAACAUUCUACCAGAUUUACAAGACUGAGCAGGAUCCAGAGAUAUUUCCUGACUUGAAAGAAGGGAAUGUUGUUAGAAUCAAUAAAAUCCAUCAAACUAGUGGAACCUUCUUCUUCUUUUUAAUUAUUUUUCAGUUUCCUUGAUAUAUGGAAAGUGCAUAAAUAAUAACCCCAUCUCGCAAAAUGAUCCUUAUGGGAUUUUUGCAGGUUUGGGUACAUCUCUUUUUCUGCCAUAACAAAAGGUGGUGGCUGUUUUGAAGAAAGAGAUUAUACUUUAGCUCCAUAAACACUGCAAAUGUUGUUGGGGAUUUUUUGCACUGCUACCCUCCCCUGCCAUUUAUUGUUAAUGUUUAUUGAUUGGAUUUAAUUAGUAUUGCUGUCACAGAGGCUUUUUAGUAUCCUUUUUUUCUUUAAUAAGCUGCCUUCAGGAAGCAGACUGGGGCGGCCUUCCUCUGAGACUCUGGUUAAGUUAGAGGAGUCAAUACAGAAGGCUGUGUACGCACCACAACUUUCAAAGCGCAUACCAAGCACAUUUUCCUUCUUCAAAGAAUUCUAGGCACUAGAGUUUACUAAGGAUUUCUGGGAAUUGUGAGGGGGUAAACCGCAGUACCCGGAAUUCUUUGAGGGCGGCAUUGUGAUUCAAACGUGCUUUAAAACUAUAGUCUGGACACAGUCUAAGAGAGAUGGGUUGCUUAACUGAGCAUUAUAUUGUUCUAGGAUCGCAGUAAAAUUGCUGUGAAGGAGUCCGGGUUUGUAGGGGGGGGGAGGUUAGGGCAGAUUCACACCAUUCCUCUAAAGCAUGGGUAGGCAAACUGUUAAGUUGUGGGUGAACAUAUCAGACGAAACAGCAAUUCUUCAAACAGCUCUUGUUUAUUCACAGGCCAGAACAGAACUGAACUGAAGGGUUCAGCCAGCCUGCUUAUAUAGAGCUCCACUAGAACGCAACAGUAACCAUUUUCUGUAACUAUCCAAUCACUGAACGUCACUUUUGAUCCCUUAUUUGCAUAUGCAGACCUGAGUGAAAACUAUCUACAGUAUCCCCCUGCUGGCCCAGGGUGAGAACUUCAGUACAUAACACAAACCAAGGAGGCUGGAUCCGGCCCAAUAGCCUUGUAAAUCCGGUCUGUGGACGGUCUGGGAAUCAGCGUGUUUUUACAUGAGUAGAAUGUGUCCUUUUAUUUAAAAUGCAUCUCUGAUUUAUUUGUGGGGCAUAGGAAUUUGUUCAUAUUCCCCCCAAAAGAGAUAGUCCAGCCCCCCACAAGGUCUGAGGGACAGUGGACCGGUCCCCUGCUGAAAAAGUUUGCUGACCCCUGCUCUAAAGCACCUAAUAUAUCUCUGCCAUUAGCCAGAUAAGACAAGAUGCUUCUCUUUCCAUUCCAGUGGGAAGCCGCUUUCACCUUUAGCAUCUUGAACAUCAUCAGCUCUCCGGUUCAAGGUGCCAUCGCCCUUGCAUCCCUCCUUCAUGGACCUUAUUGCUACUACUCUUUCGCCGGAGUUUCGGGUAUGAACUACCUCGGUUAUGCAGUCCUUUUGCCCUUUCCUUAUGGCAAGUUUGCUUCCGUGUGCAAGGACCCCGCAGGCUACGAGUGGUACCACCUGGCGCUGCAGAUACUAGACAUUUGCUCCAGUCUUGCCAUGCUCUCUGCAUCCUUGGCCAUUGUGAUCAAACUCACAGCAAGACUGCUCCAGUUUGGACACUUAAAUGUGAGUAUUACUCAGUGGCAGGGAAGUAAUGAUUAAGAGCAGCAUAUAAGUAUUCUUAUUUGUCUGUUUCGUUUAUUCCAUUUAAUGCCCAUCUUUUAUUUCAUUGCAUUGCACUGCACAAUUCAAAGUGUUGGUGUUGACCUUUAAAGCCCUAAACGGCCUCAGCCCAGUAUACCUGAAGGAGCGUCUCCACCCCAAUCGUUCUUCGCAGACAUUGAGGUCCAGUGCCGAGGGCCUUCUGGUGGUUCCAUCACUGCAAGAAGUGAGGUUACAGGGAACCAGGCAGAGGGCCUUCUUGGUAGUGGCACCCGCCUUGUGGAAGGCCCUCCCAUCAGAUGUCAAGGAAAUACAGUGGUGCCUCGCAAGACGAAAUUAAUCCGUUCCGCGAGUCUCUUCGUCUUGCGGUUUUUUCGUCUUGCGAAGCACGGCUAUUAGCGGCUUAGCGGCUAUUAGCGGCUUAGCGGCUAUUAACGACUUAGCGGCUUAGCGGCUACUAACGGCUUAGCGGCUUUAAGAAAAAGGAAACAAACUCGCAAGAACUCGCAAGAUGUUUCGUCUUGCGAAGCAAGCCCAUAGGGAAAUUCGUCUUGCGGAAUGACUCAAAAAACGGAAAACUCUUUCGUCUAGCGAGUUUUUCGUCUUGCGAGGCAUUCGUCUUGCGGGGCACCACUGUAAACAACCACCUGACUUUUAGAAGACACCUGAAGGCAGCCCUGUUCAGGGAAGGUUUUAAUGUGUGACAUUUUAAUGUAUUUUUAAUCUUUGUUGGAAGCCACCCAGAGUGGCUGGGGAAACCCAGUCAGUUGGAUGGGGUACAAAUAAUAAACUACUAUUACUAUUACUGCAUUGCAUUUAUAUCCCAAUGAAGGCAGCCCUGUUUAGGGAAGCUUUUAAUGUUUGACGCACUAUUGUAUUUUAAUAUUUUGUUGUAAGCCGCCCAGAGUGGCUGGGGAAACCCAGCCAGAUGGGCGGGGUAUAAAUAAUAAUAAUAAUAAUAAUAAUAAUAAUAAUAAUUAUUUCUUUAUGGAGCUUUUGGUUUCCCCCUUUCCACACAACAACCCUGUGAGGUAGGCUAGGCUGAGAAGCAGUGAUUGGCCCAAGGUCACCCAGUAAUCUUCAUGGUGGAGCAAGGAUUUGAACCCUGGCCUCCAAGGAGCUCAAGGUGGCAGGCCCCUUCUUUGUUUUCUCCUCACAACAACCGUGCCAAGUAGGUUUAGGCUGAGAGACUGUGACAGGCCCAAUGUCAAGCAGUGGUCAGUCAGGUUCUGGCCCAACACACUAACCACUACACUACACUGGAAGUUGUUUUCUUUGGAUUUUAUCCUGGUCUUUGGGCCUGCAAAAAAUUGUGACCCAUCAUACCAGGACUGCCCACUAACAGUGUAUCAUCUCCAUAGGGAGAAGUCAACAAGCAAAGACAACUGGGCUGAACUGCCAUGACACGUGGGUUUCAGGCCGCGUUUAUACUCUGGUGGACAUAAGGGGCUGCCAGCAUUAGAAGCAGUAAGGCAUCAUUCUUGGUGUUUGCUGUCUUGUGUGGCGAUUUCUCUCCUACGGGGUUGGACUAUCCCCUGAAAGCUAAAGGAUUCCUAGGCUUCAAAUUUACAUUGCCGACCCAAGCUUCCUAUUGGUUCCCACUGACCUGGAAGGACUAUAAACAGGACAUGAAAUACAGAGUUGGAAGGGACCACGAGGAUCAUUCUAGUCCAAACCUCUGCAAUGCAGAAUUUUUUUCACCCAAUGUGGGGCUCAAACCUACAACUUUGAGAUGAAAAGUCUCAUGCUUGACAGUGGAUCUCAAGUUGUGAAGGGCUGAUCUAAUGUUACCGGAACUGAAUCGUCUUUGGUUGGCUGUUAGUAUGCAAACGCCUUAACAGCUUGGGACCAGUUUGCACAUAAUUAUUGUUCCACAGUUGUACGAAAUAAAUAUUUUAGCAGCAGCUACACUGUGGAACUCCCUGCCCUUUGAUACCAGGCCGGUGCCUUUGCUGUUCUCUUUCCAGUACUUGCUUAGAAACUUUUUUGUUUAGGCAAGCUGAUCUAAUUAUGUAGAAGUUACAUGGGUUUCAGUCUGUUUUUAGUUCAUUGCUGAUUUUAACUGGGGUUUUUUAAUAUUUGAAAAUACCAGUUUUUAACGGUCUUCCGUUGAUAAUUUUAACAGUGUGGGUUUUUUUGGGGGGUUGUAAACUGCUUCAAUGUUUUAUUACAAUCAAGUGGUGUAUAAUUUUUGUUUAAAAAAUAAAAUAGAAAUAAACAUGGG